AUGAUUCUAUGGCGAUUAAUCAUAUUCAGAAAUUUGUAGGCUGCUUCUAAAAUUGAUAAAAUGAAAAUCAAUGUAUAAGAAUAAUAAUAAAAUGUUACAAAAAAACAUAAUGCUGUACGAUAUCAAAUAGAUCUAAUAGAUAAAUUCUAAUAAAUUUAUUCAAAAAUUAUAAUAAAAAUGAAGUUGAAAAAAGAGAAAACCUAGUAAUUAAAUUUAGAAAGAGAUGCAAAAAUUAAUUAGGUUUUUUACAUGAACCAAAUAGAUAUUUAAGAUUGGAUGAUAAAAAUUCAUAAAUAUCUACUAAACCUAUAUUUUCAGGAGCAAAGAAACCUGCAACUCCUAUAAUAGACAUUCUAUCUCUACAAACUUGAUAAAGGAUUAAUAAGAAAUCAUUCUUCUUAAUAUAAGAUUGAAAUUAUCAAGAAGAAUAAUUUGAUGAAACAGUUGUAAAUAUAUAAAUUCAUAAAUAUAACAAAGAGCAAAAGAAUAAAAGUUAAAAUAAAAUAGAUAAACGAUAUAAUUUCAAAUUAAAAUCAAAAAUAAUGA